AUGGUUUGGGGACACCACUGCGCAGAGGAAGAGUGCUUGAUCGGGGUGAACAGUGACUUGUCGGAGAUAGCAUUCAGUUCAGUAGAUAUGAGAUUCACUCCCUUUGAAUCACUAUCACCAUUGCACUUUACGGAACACGAAUGUGUGUUUGAGGGUACUGGCAUCUCUCCAUCUGGUUUGUUAAUCGCUGCGAUAGAGUCCUCUGAACCGGUAUCGGAUUCAUAA